AUGAUUGAUUAUGACGAAGAAUCGAAAUCAAGGCAACUACUCAAAGACCUCUACGUAAUUAAAAAUAAUCCGUUUUCUGGGCUUGAUUUGACAGAACACUUAAAUCCAGCUCUAAAAUCUUUUCCAAAAGCCCACUCACAUACCAAAGAAAGCAAAAAAUCAUUUAACGCUUCUUCAUUUGAUAUUCCAGAGCUUCCUGCUUUAAGCAUCGGUUUUGCAGAAGUCUCUCCGCUAUUAACUCCGAAAAAACAGUUAUCCAAUGCAGUUGUAAAUAAACUAUCAAACAAAGCUAAGCAUAAUGACAAGAAAACUGACCAUUUAUCUGUGAAACAGCUCACCUUUGACAAUAUCCCUCUUUCCUUGACUCCUGCAGAUUAUGCAAUAUUAGAGAAGCAAGCAGAAAAAUUCAUCACAAGAAUAAAGACUAAAAAACGAUCAGCCUGUACUCAGACUCAAACCAGGGAAAAUUCGAAGCGUGAAAGUCAAACUAUUAUCUCAUUUUUACCAGAAGUUCAUACUGUAGUAAAUGAAGUCAAAACUCCUCAAAAACUCUCGUCAUUUAAAGACUAUCAAGCAGCCACUUUUACUGGGAAAAUAAUUGUAAAUCAUUCUCAUCGAGUUACUCUUGAGAUGCCAGGACAUAAAACUCCUGAAACCGACGCUCAUACUCAUGUACCAAAAAAGAUCAGAAAUAAUAGUCAGAGCUUUAAUUGCCAGAAAAAGAGUAUUCAAGAAAAUAAUGAACUAAUUAUAGAUGCUACCAAACAAAAUAAUCAGCAUGAAAUUAGCAAUCAUCUAAGCCAUAGCUCAGUGCCUCCAACUUUUCGAGGGACUCGGUCUUGUGCAUCAUUGAUAGGAGAAAUACCUGAUAUAGGGCUUUCCCUUGAAUAGCCCGAUAACGGGAUGAAGCCAGCCCGUUAUCGGGCUAUUCAAGGGAAAGCCCUAUAAUAGAAAAAUCCCUUUGUAUAGAUUAGGUGUUGAAAAAAAUUUAUUUGCAGGAGUUAGAAGGAGCAAAAAGAAAAUAAAGGAUCUUUUUCCUUUUCUUGGGCAUGAUAUGCAAGGCAUCCUUUAA